AUGUCAACGGAUAAGAUCACCUUCCUCACCAACUGGCACGCUACGCCGUACCACGCUCCGCUCUACCUGGCUCAGGCCAAGGGAUACUUCAAGGAACAGGGCAUCAAGGUCGCUCUGCUUGAGCCAAACGACCCUAGUGAUGUCACCGAGAUUAUUGGCACCGGCAAGGUCGAUCUAGGCUUCAAAGCCAUGAUUCACACCCUCGCUGCCAAGGCUCGCAACUUCCCUGUACUCUCUAUUGGCAGUCUUCUAGACGAGCCUUUCACUGGGGUUGUUUAUCUCAAGGACUCGGGCAUCACCACCGACUUUCGCUCUCUCAAGGGCAAGCGGAUCGGAUAUGUUGGCGAGUUCGGCAAGAUCCAAAUCGAUGAACUGACGUCGCACUACGGUAUGACGCCUGAUGAGUACACGGCCGUACGCUGCGGUAUGAACGUCUCCAAGGCUAUCAUCGAGGGCACCAUUGACGCCGGUAUCGGUCUGGAGAACGUUCAGAUGGUCGAGCUUGAGGAGUGGCUAGCCUCCCAGGGUCGUCCCAAGACCGACGUGCAGAUGCUCCGCAUCGAUGAGCUCGCAGAGCUCGGGUGUUGCUGCUUUUGCACUAUCCUGUACAUUGGCAACGAGUCCUUCAUCACCGAGAACCCGGACAAGGUCCGUAAGUUCAUGAAGGCUGUUAAGAAGGCCACUGACUACGUCCUUGAGAAGCCCGAGGAAGCUUGGAAGGAGUAUGUUGACUUCAAGCCUGUUAUGGGUUCGGACCUCAACCGCAAGAUCUUUGAGCGCAGCUUUGCGUACUUUUCGCACGACCUGAAGAACGUGCAGCGAGACUGGACCAAGGUCACCAAGUACGGCAAGAGGCUUGGGGUUUUGGACGAGAGCUUCCAGCCGAACUACACCAAUGAGUUCCUUGAAUGGACUCUAGACGAGGACUCUCGGGACCCUACUGGUGAUCAGAAGAGGAUGGUCGAGUUGCAGAACGAGGUUUCUUGCAAGGGUGGCUUCCGCCGCUUAAAGCUGCAGUCUGCUGUCAAGGCCUGA